AUGAACAGAAUAGAAGAUCUAAAGCACAAAAUUGCGAAAGCCGAAGCAGAACUACUACGUCUCAAGGAGGAUCUCGCUCAAGCCGAGUCUGAAGGUCAGGUUCAUGUCAAUGGAGGGGCAAAAGACUCAACAUGGAAAUGGCCCCUGCCUGCGACCGACUAUGAGAGAUACAGCCGACAGAUGGUCAUCCCGGGAGUAGGGACAAAAGGCCAACUGCGGCUCAAGGCCGCUUCCGUUCUCAUCGUCGGUGCCGGUGGUCUAGGGUGCCCCGCGGCCGCCUACAUCGCCGGUGCUGGAGUCGGCACUCUUGGGAUUGUCGAUGAUGAUACGGUCGAGACAUCCAACUUGCACCGCCAAAUCGCGCACGCGAGUUCACGAGUUGGCAUGUCCAAAGUCGAAAGUGCCAUCACUUAUCUUAAAGAGUACCAUCAAGCCCAUUGGUUCCCUGUUCCUCCCCAUAGGGCCCUUCACCACCACUCUCUUCUCACCAGGUCACCCCUAUUACCACUUCAUAUCAUUACGUUCUUGCACGUUGAGCAGCCGCAGUACUUGUUGCAUCCGCUAACCGCCACCAGUCUCAACCCGACCGUCACUUACCACGCUCACAACACCCGACUCACUCCCGAAAAUGCCGAAUCCAUCGUCUCGAAGUACGACCUCGUGCUCGAUUGCACAGACCAUCCCGCAAUCCGCUACCUCGUCUCCGAUAUUUGCGUUCUCCUCCGCAAACCCCUCGUCUCCGCCUCCGCCUUGAAGACGGAUGGCCAGCUCAUGGUCCUCAACUACCCCGCCAGCGCCGUGGGCGACGAGUCCGGCGGGCCCUGUUACCGCUGCGUCUUCCCCCGUCCCCCGCCUCCAGAGAGCGUGGUCAGCUGCGGCGAGGGCGGCAUCCUUGGCCCCGUCGUCGGCGUCAUGGGGGUGUUGCAGGCCCUCGAGGCCAUCAAGGUCGUUACAUCGGGAGCCGUGGACCCCUCCCCCCCUGCGACACCGGUACCGGCGAGUAGCAAACCAUCCAUGCUCCUCUUCUCCGGCACCGCAGCCCCACCGUUUCGGUCUUUCUCCAUGAGGCCUCGGAAGAAAGGCUGCGUCGCCUGCUCGGCCGACGCCACCUUGACGCUGGAGGGAUUGCGGACUGGGGCUUUCGACUACGCCCAGUUCUGCGGCGUUGCCGCGCCGCUUGCUAUCCUGCGGCCUGACGAACGCAUCUCGGCUGCUGAAUGCAGUCGUCGCUUACUAGCAGCAGCCCGAGGCGUGACGUCUAGUGGAGAGGAUCCCAGCGGAACGACGACGAGUGCCGGUACUCCUGUGCUGCUCGAUGUGCGCGAACGAGAACAUUUUGACAUUUGUAGUAUCGAGGGGGCCGUCAAUGUUCCAAUCGCUACAUUCCUUCGUGAGACCGCCACCCCCAAGGUCGAUGGCGACCAACCUUUGGAACAGAGGGCGCCCGCCUGGCUUCCUUCCAACGUCUCGGAUGAUAGUCCUAUCUACGUCGUCUGCCGUGUAGGCAACGAUUCGCAACUGGCGACGAGACGGCUGAAGGAGAUGGGCCUGCAUAGAAACGGGACGAGGUUUAUAGGUGAUAUCAGAGGGGGGAUGAGGGCAUGGAAGGCCGAGGUGGAUUCAACACUGCCCUUCACAUGA